AGGAUUGUUUUUCAGUUUGCUUUCGAACGUGUAACACUGUUGAAUUACAUAUAUCCCUUAUUUGAAAACGCGUAGAUUGAACUAUCUUGAAAUAUUUCCGCAUAAAAAAACAAAAAACAGGUGCUUUGAGUUUAUUGUAGUGAUUAUAAAAAGUGAUUUGUGUUAUGAUAUGAAUUUGGGGAUAUGGCGCAGUUGUUAAAACGCACUAAAAAAUCCUGUAUAAAAUUUUUUCGGAAGCUUACCUCAUCAACCAAGUCUCCCGUUACUAAGUUAGAAGAAGAGUCCUUAAGGCCACGUCAAAUACAAAAAUGUGAACUGGAUUCCGACACUGACAUUUGUUCUCAAAAAAUUCCCAUGCGAUGUCCAUACACCAUCAGUGCAAAAGUAUCCAACCGUAACAAUAAAAACAAAUUGAAUUCACGAAGCACCCGUACCGAUACUUCUUCCCAGUCUGAAACUAAAUCCUCAAAUUUUAUAGUAUCCUCUCAAUAUGUUAGCAAACUGGAAACCUACCUUGCUUCUGCACGUCAAACGAUGAACCCCAACUACUUACCAUGUGACGUCCAUGGUGUUAGGAGUUUUCGGCUCCUUUCUGAAGAAGAUCCUUCCAACGAUUGUUCGACACACCGUUGUUCAGCUGGUAUUGUAUUUGAGAAAGUAAGAUAUCGGGAAAAUAUCCGAUACUUUCGACGUACUCCAUCCAAUUCAAGCCUAUCAAGUUAUCCGUCUUCACCAAAAACUAUUGACUGUCAAAAGGAAUAUAUUUGCGCUCUCAAUGAAAAAAAGAAGGAAAGCAUCAACAGAAUGAACUCAUAUUCGAAAAACCGGCAGAGCAAUAUUUUCCUUCAGUUUAGAAAUAAUAUAUCUCAUCCAGUUAACCUCACGUUGAGUUCAAAUCCGUCGGGAAAUCUUAAUAACUUAGUCAUAAGCGAGGGUCGAAAUUGGUUGAAUGAACCGUGUCCAGUAGUCAGCUGGGAUAUCAAUGGAAAUUCGAUUGAUGACGAUAUAAUUUGUUUAAACAACAAUUGGGAUGAUUGUGACAAUCGAUUGAAUCUUCUGCGUGACAAACGCUUGAUGAAAAGUCGUCUGGAUGGCUCGUAUAAAUCUAGUUCCAGAUCAAGCUCAACUACGUUGGAAACUUGGGUUGACGAUGAAAUUCUUGAUAACUCAUAUAACGAGGAAAUCGAGAGACAGUUUCGGAUUUAGUGGUAUUAAUGUAAUUUGCGUGAAUUAAAGUAUGAAAUUAAAGUACGGCUGUAGAUAGAGAGAUUUAAGUUUUAUUUAGUUUUCUUUAAUAAAAAAAUAAGUAACCAGUAAAAAGGA